AUGGCUGCCUUCAACGCUCACCUUGUCGGUGCAACGGAGCGAUCAUUCUCCUCGUCGCUAUCCCCAGAUCGAGUCGUCGCGAGCUCAGAAGACGACAACACCGCUGCCUCCCUCGAUCCCGAGCUCUACAAAAAUCUUACCGAUAAGAGAACAACGCGUGACGGAAAUCCACCUAAGAAGCGAGGUCCAAAACCCAACAGCAAGCCUGCUCUCACUAGACGUCAGGAGUUGAAUCGCCAGGCGCAGCGGACUCAUCGAGAGAGAAAAGAGCUCUACAUUAAGGCCCUAGAAGAUGAGGUCCUCCGUCUCAAAGAGGUUUUCAGUAACGUUUCCCUGGACAGGGAGAGGCUAGCUGAUGAGAACAAACGCCUACGAGAUACCCUGUCACAAGCUGGGCUUCAGCAAAGUAGCCCCCAUGGCGCAGGUAGCGCGACUAGUCGAGGUCCCGACUCUACCAACAUGAGCUCCCCGCCCUUGACCUCGCAAUCCACGGCCCCGUCAGUUGGUUCGCCAAUGCACCUACCUCUGGCCGCGAAUCAGGGCUUUACGCCCGGCCAGCAACAGCAGGGCAUGCCUCAGCCGCCAUAUCGUGGAAAUCCCGAGUUGGAACAGGCGGGCAUUGACUUCGUUUUAACUCUCGAGAGGCCUUGCAUGACCCAUAUUCAGUUCAUGGUCGAGAGAGCUUCUGAGCCCGAGGGCGAACCUUGUGGGCACGCACUCAUGGCAUCUUGUCCUCCCGAUCCGUCCCCAGAGACGCGGCCAGGCUUACCCUUUGGCAAGGCACACAUUCCUUUACACGGCGAUGCGAACCAGAUGACAUGGGAGGUUCCCAAAGCAGAUCUUGCCACUCUCUUGGACCUCAGUAAGAGUAUCGAUCUCGACGGCGAGGUCACUCCAAUCAUGUCCUGGGGUAUGCUCAUGUCACACCCAAGGGCGAAUGAGCUUGAGGUGGAUGAUUUCCGAAAGUUGAGCGAAGAGCUCGUUCGGAAGGUGAGAUGUUAUGGCUUCGGAGCUGUGAUGGAGGAGUUUGAAGUUCGUGAUGCCAUUGAUAAUGUGUUUAAUGGCAGAGACACCAUGAUGUAUGAGUAA